AUGAUUACUAUGUUGUCCGACCUGCCCUCGGAGAUUGUGGUGCAUAUCACUAUAUACCUUCCCACAAUCAGUGGUGUGACCAACCUCGCACAAACCUGUCAGCGACUGUAUAAAAUUAUCAACACGGAAGAAUCAUCAAUAUUCCGAUCUUUCGUUCAAAAUAAAUUUCCAUGCAUUGAAACCCCACCUUUGUGGAAAGAUGCAGCUCGUGCACUCACAUCGCGAUCACGAGCCCUCGACAAACUUGGGAUUAUUGGCCGAUUCGUGAUCCCACCUCAAGCUAAUGCAACAACCCGAAUAGGGUUUCAAGAGCCAACCCGUAGGGACAAUCCCACUCUCGGGUACCGACCAGCUAUAGACUCAUAUGAAGUCUGGCAUGGCGAACGCUGGACCGAUCGACGAGAAGUGCUUGCGUGGGGUGCGGGCCACCAAAUCGUUUUGCGAUCCAAACAGUCUGGAAUACAGUCUAAAGAACAGUGGGUGUCCUUCAACGAUGUUGAGGAGGCAACUAGCUUUGAUGAUGUCUGUGGAUUGCAUCUUCUCAGAGAUGAGAAAUGGAGACAGGAUUCCGGUGUCGAACAUCUAGUUUUUGGCCGCUUGAGAGGGGAGCUUGCGCAUGUUGAACUUUCUCUAGACACAGCCACUCAUGAACAUAAGCAGAGAUUCAAUACAAAUGGGCUUAGUUUGGAACAAACAGAUCUAAGCGGCGAUACUCUGGCCGCUCAUUUUGAUAAUGGAUCUGUUGCUCUAUACACACUGAAUAGUGAUGAAAGCGAGAUUGAGCCAUUCGCGUGGGCUGGCUCCGAAUUAGAUCCCUUGAUCAAAAGUCGCUACUCGAAGCUAUUAUCUCCUUUAAAGCUAGCUAUUGCGACUGGUCGACUUGAAAACUCGCUCUCAAUCAACAUAAUCUCGAAUGAUGGCGCAUGCAUAUACAGAGAAAUAGGCGUUGAUUCCCUUGAUCUCGAAGACCAAGUUGGCCGAUCAGUAAAUGCGGCUGUUACUGCCAUCGCUCCUCUCAAUACAAUUUCAUGCAAUGGCUCUCCGGGUGAUGUAUUUUUGGCUGCAUGGGGUGAUCGUACAAUAAGACUUCAUGAUCUUCGCUCACCGCAUUCCAACGAAUCAACAUAUAGAGAUACAACCGACACCAACCUCAUUUACAGCGUGCAACCCUUUGGCCACGAUCGUUUUCUAGCUGGGGCAGGCGGCAAUGCCGUCCUCAAAAUCUUUGAUCUGCGCAUGAGUAAAAUUUAUAGUUAUCUGGAUGCACAAGUCCCACCCAUCCAAACCCAAACCAGCAUCUCUCCAAAAAGGGCAGAAAGACCUGCACCUCACGGGCCUCGCAAAGACUUUUCCCUGUUCCUCUCAGCUCAGCUCCCCUCAGCUACACCGGGUAAUCUUCGUGCCCGUAGACGCGGCCCUUACCGAGGCCCAAUUUAUACCAUGUCCACACCAUCGCCAUCGUCACCAACAGUAUACACAGGUAUUGUGGAUGGUGUUGUUCGACUGGAUUUUGCUUCGACGGAUGAUUUGACUGGGCCAUCCCGCGAAUGGUUUGAUUAUGAUUUGAAUAUAGAGAAAGGAGGACAAUCCGUUCCUGUUGGCACGGAAAAUGUGCUUAGAAUAGCUGGGUAUGAACGGCCGGACCAAGAUGAUUUUACGACUACUUCUAAGCUGCGAAGGCAGCAUGAAUGUUGGUAUCUCGAGGACAGGCAUGCAACCAAUGUGGCAGAACCUGGCUGGGAUCGGCGAUGGGAGGCCCUUGAGCAGUCUGGCGCCUGGAGAAGAAGGGACGGAUAG